AUGUGUACCUCAACUGCUCACAUGUGUACCUCAACUGUUCACAUGUGUACCUCAACUGCUCACAUGUGUACCUCAACUGCUCACAUGUGUACCUCAACUGCUCACAUGUGCACCUCAACUGUUCACAUGUGUACCUCAACUGUCCACAUGUGUACCUCAACUGCUCACAUGUGUACCUCAACUGCUCACAUGUGUACCUCAACUGCUCACAUGUGUACCUCAACUGUUCACAUGUGUACCUCAACUGUCCACAUGUGUACCUCAACUGCUCACAUGUGUACCUCAACUGCUCACAUGUGUACCUCAACUGCUCACAUGUGUACCUCAACUGCUCACAUGUGUACCUCAACUGUUCACAUGUGUACCUCAACUGUUCACAUGUGUACCUCAACUGUCCACAUGUGUACCUCAACUGUCCACAUGUGUACCUCAACUGUUCACAUGUGUACCUCAACUGCUCACAUGUGUACCUCAACUGCUCACAUGUGUACCUCAACUGUUCACAUCUGCUCACAUGUGUACCUCAACUGCUCACAUGUGUACCUCAACUGUUCACAUGUGUACCUCAACUGUUCACAUGUGUACCUCAACUGUCCACAUGUGUACCUCAACUGUCCACAUGUGUACCUCAACUGUUCACAUGUGUACCUCAACUGCUCACAUGUGUACCUCAACUGCUCACAUGUGUACCUCAACUGUUCACAUGUGUACCUCAACUGUUCACAUGUGUACCUCAACUGUCCACAUGUGUACCUCAACUGUCCACAUGUGUACCUCAACUGUUCACAUGUGUACCUCAACUGUUCACAUGUGUACCUCAACUGCUCACAUGUGUACCCCAACUGUUCACAUGUGUACCUCAACUGUCCACAUGUGUACCUCAACUGUCAACAUGUGUACCUCAACUGUUCACAUGUGUACCUCAACUGUCCACAUGUGUACCUCAACUGCUCACAUGUGUACCUCAACUGUUCACAUGUGUACCUCAACUGCUCAUAUGUGUACCUCAACUGUUCACAUGUGUACCUCAACUGCUCACAUGUGUACCUCAACUGCUCACAUGUGUACCUCAACUGUUCACAUGUGUACCUCAACUGCUCACAUGUGUACCUCAACUGUUCACAUGUGUACCUCAACUGA